AUGUUCCUGUACUCAUUGGUGUUCUUUCCGUUGGCAGUUGCUACUCUCAUACCUAGAGAACUUCUUUUUUCUAGUCAGAAAUACACAAAUGUCAAGCUCAGUCCCAAUGGAACGUAUGUUGCCUACAUAGCGUCUGACCAGAACAAAGUGAAGAAUGUGUUUGUCAAAUGCACCAAAUGUAAAAAUGCCCGGCAAGUGACAUUUGAGAAGAGUAAUGAUGUUCACGGUGAGGUUUCUAUCGAUUCUUUCAUUAAUAUCCCAUUCGUUUUGGCGAAGAUUGUCAAAUGGGGCAACAUAGCGUUAAGGAUAGAGCCGCAUGCAUGCGUAGCGCUUCCCGAUAUACAUUAA